UAAAGCGAAACUUGUCAGAAGGUUCAAGAUGGCGGUCUCCUCUAUGACGGGAGUGGGUUUCUUCUCUCUCCUGAGAAAUGUUGCAGGGCAGAUACAUUCACGAGUGCUCGCUUCGGGUUGUGGUUUUCAGAAUUCCAGCUUUCAUACAACUUCUACAUUAGAUGCCAAAAACUGGGAGAGGAAGAAUCGGAUACUUUAUCCCCCACAACGGCCAGACGAGCCACCUAGACCAGCCGAAGUACAUCACUGCAGACGCCAAAUAAAGUACAGCAAGGACAAGAUGUGGUAUCUUGCAAAACUGAUACGAGGCAUGAGUGUUGACCAGGCCGUCGCACAGCUUGAGUUCAACGACAAAAAGGGGGCAAAGAUAAUGAAGGAGGUUCUGUUAGAAGCCCAGGAAAUGGCUGUGAAAAACCACAAUGUUGAGUACAAGUCCAAUCUGUAUGUUGCGGAAUCCUUCUCAUGCAAAGGGAAGUACCUGAAGCGCAUCCGAUACCACGGCAAGGGAAUGUUUGGGAUCAUGGAUAAAGUGCACUGCCACUACUUUGUGAAGCUCGUGGAGGGGGCACCACCAAAAGUGGAGCAGAAGACUGGCUUCGACCAGGCAAAGGAGUACGUCCAGAAUCUGAAGAGCCGCACCAUCAUUCACUCGUUGUAGUAGCCUG